AUGGCUUCAGAGGACAGUUUCAACUACCUCGUGCCGGGACACAGUGAGAAACACAGGCGGGCCCGUAACUGGACUGACGGUGAAAUGAAAGCCCUUCUUUACGUGUGGGAGGAACACCACAACGAACUGAAAAUGAGCAAAAGGAACGCAAAGGUGUAUGAGAAGAUGUCCCAGAGGUUUUUCGAGCUGACUGGAGAGCAACGCUACAAAGAGGAGAUCAAGAUGAAAAUCACCAACAUGUCGUUCCAAUACAGGAGACUGAAAUGCACCAGCAGUGAGAGUGGGGAGACACCAGACUGGCCAUAUUACAAGGCCAUUGAGAAGAUCCUCUCUAAGCCACUGGAGAACGGCAGGAUGAACUCCUUUGAGUUUCAGGCCUCCACUGCAGGUCCGUCCACUUCCUCCCAGUCGGCAGAGACCCUGGUGCCCCAGACAGAAGAGGGGCUGAUCGGCUUCCUGCCAGAGUACACAGGCUCCUCAGACGAGAUGGAGAUGAAACAAGAAGUGGACUCUUUGAGCUCUGACAGUGUGCACACACUGGGCUCCAGCUCUCAUCCAGCCCCAGCCAGGAAGAAGCGGGCUUUCAUGAAGCACCUGUCGAUGAAGAGGAAGAAACUGCGGGUGAUGCAGGCCAUGCUGCAGGAACAGAGGAGGGCGAGCCGGGCUGUGGAGGAGACGUGCAGGGAGGUGCGCCGGGCCAUGCACCAGCAGAACCUCCUCCAGGUCCAGUGUCUUCAGCUCCAGGAACGUAUGAUGAACCUCCUGGAGAAGAUGAUCCAGCCUCCCUCCGCCACAUCCGCAACCUGGACUCCGAGCGGGGCGAAGGAUUCCAGCAAGGCGUGA